ACGCACAUCGCUCGCGCAGCCCAGUACAUCCCACAUACUCGCGCGACAUCAACAACAAUGGCAAACCGUAGUCUGUUUGGGUAGGAGAUUUCUUGUUGGAGCUAGACGGCCAGAAAGCCUCGACGCUUUACCUAUGUCUUAUUUCUCUUUUUGAAAUUACUGGGAAAUAGUUUGUCGUAUUUUUUCGUGUUUAUAUUGUUUUCGAAAAUGUGCGAGGCGCUGUUGGCAAGCUCACACAGUCUGUGCAUGUGUGUCCCUGCUGCUUUUCUGCUGGGCUACAGCUACUAACCUAACCUAGCUGCUUUUCACUCGGUGGUUAGCUAACGUUAGCCUGGCCGCGUUUAUUGACUUGAGGGGAAAAAACAAGCGAAUGUAAAGCCUGUUUAUACGAUCUGUUUUAUGACAAUUGCUUUCCGUUAUUUACUAAUUGUCGCUGUCAGGAACAGUAAAAAGGUGUUGUAUGAUUUGUCGUAGAAAAUACUUUGCUGGCUAGCUAACAGGCUAGCUAUUUGUGUGUAUUCUUCGACUGAGGAAAACGGCGAGUUUUCUUUGAAAGUAUGGAUGACCAGACGAGGAUGAUGACGGGUCUGACCGGACUCGGUGGACUACAACAAGCCGACGUUGGUGACCCAGACGCGGUCAGAAAACAGCAGUCCCUCGGCCAGCCUCAACAAGACAUAGGGGAUAUCCUACAGCAAAUAAUGGCUAUCACUGACGAAAGCCUGGACGAAGCACAGGCCAGAUGCUGGCCAGAGGACUCGCCGGCGCAUUGGGGUGGAUCAGACGACCCCACAGAGGGAGGGAGAGCAGGGGGGGGCAUGGCAGGGGGUGGCCUGCCACUCAACUUCCAGCACAGGAAGCAUGCCCUGAACUGUCACAGAAUGAAGCCAGCCCUCUUCAGCGUACUCUGUGAGAUCAAAGAGAAGACGGUGCUGAGUAUACGAGGAGUGCAAGAGGAGGAUCCCCCAGAUCCUCAGAUCAUGAGGCUGGACAACAUGCUGCUAGCAGAGGGUGUGUCAGGACCGGAGAAAGGUGGUGGAUCAGCUGCAGCGGCUGCAGCAGCAGCAGCGGCAGGGGGCUCACCCACAGACAGCAGCAUUGAACACUCUGACUACAGAGCCAAACUUGCCCAGAUCCGUCAGAUAUAUCACUCUGAGCUGGAAAAAUAUGAGCAGGCAUGCAGUGAGUUCACCAACCAUGUAAUGAACCUGCUGAGAGAGCAGUCUCGCACACGGCCCAUCUCUCCUAAGGAGAUUGAGCGCAUGGUGGCCAUCAUCCACCGCAAGUUCAGCUCCAUUCAGAUGCAGCUCAAACAGAGCACCUGUGAGGCAGUCAUGAUCCUGCGCUCACGUUUUCUGGAUGCCAGACGUAAGAGGCGCAACUUCAACAAGCAAGCUACAGAGGUGCUGAACGAGUAUUUCUACUCGCAUCUGUCUAACCCUUACCCUAGUGAGGAAGCUAAGGAAGAACUGGCCAAAAAGUGUGGGAUCACUGUAUCUCAGGUCUCUAAUUGGUUUGGCAACAAGAGAAUACGCUACAAGAAGAACAUUGGUAAGUUCCAGGAGGAAGCAAACCUCUACGCAGUUAAGACAGCGGUGGAUGCUGCCAAUGUGUCAGCGCAGGCUAGCCAGGCUAACUCUCCGGCGACACCCAACUCAGGGUCACCGGGGUCAUUCAGUUUGUCUCACACAGGCGACGCCUACCUUGGUCUGCGUUCCCUCAACGGGGAGGCUCUCAACAUCGCCCCCUCUCUACAGCCGCAGGUGGAUACCCUGCACCGUGCUACACACCUGACGGCCGGUUAUGAGGAGCUGUCGGGCAGUGGCCUCUACACCCCUCAUCGCCUGGAUGCUAACAGCUGGCAGGACACCACCAACACCCCUUCAGUCACCUCCCCUCCUGGUCCUCCUGGCAGCGACCACUCCGACACCUCCAACUGAUUCGGUGGCUCUUCCUGCCAUCACUUCAUUCCUACUGUGGUCUGCUUUGACUACCAUCCUCUCUUUACAUUUUUACAUCACUUCUCAGACAGCCAGGCAAGGCUGUGCUCACAUGUCAUAAACUCACCCUGUGCUGGAACACAGAACAGCCGAACAAUAGUUAAGAGGAAUUCAUCACCUCUGCUCCACUUUGAUGAUAGAAUCUGUGUAACUCAGAAUGAAAAAUGGUGUGGAGCUCAAUGAUGCUUAGACAGAUAGACGACAUCUUUCCUAUCAAGGACUUUUUGAAAACCACUGAUCCAGCCGUGUAGAUGAUCAUGAUGUCUGUACAUUAUGUGUAUAUGCACGUUACCUUCACACAGUACUCACACAGCUUGUCCACGUGCUGUUGACCUCUGCACUCGACCCUUUUGCUUUGGAAAACUGUGUGUGAUUGCCUGUAUCUCUUGAAGCCUUGGCAUUCGACAGCCAAACUGUUGAUACGGAUCACCAGGGAGCUCUGCUCACCUUGCUCGUACCAAAGUGCUGCCCCAGUAGUUGUCAACACAUCUGUUCCUCCAAGAUCACCUCUGCCAAGUCAACACAAGACACUGUUCUAUCUUCCAAUCCUUCUAGCUUGAUGUUUCAUUCUGUUGGAGAUUUCAACGUGACUAAUCGAGUUAUGCACUGAUGUGCAUGCUCCCCCACGUACACACACGUUUCUUUUAAGUCAUUUUUUCCAUAGUAAGCUGACAUAAAACGUGUCAAGCACAAAAGUUAGCAUCCAUGUAACGGGUGUUGCUACCUGUGAAAGGGUAGUAAAGGGGAUCACUGUUCUAAACCAGGCAGGACAAGUGAGAAGAGGGCUGGUGAGAAGAGGAGGAAAGGGCAGAGAGAGGAGAAUAUCUUUGGUUGAGUGGAUGUAACUAAUAGCGCUUUUUGUUGCUAACCAAUAGAGGGUGUCGGUAGAUGGCUUGUAGACUUUACUUCUUGCUUUCUGUCCACUAGUUUAUUUGAUUGUAGGCUAUUUUCUAAUGCUGUUUCACCAAGAAUGCACCAGCCACCACCAAAAAUGAGCUCAAUAAAGCAUCUACAUGAUGUUAGGAGGAAGAAGGACAGAUAGAUUUUGGGGCACUGAUGUGUUAUUGGGACAAACGUGACAUGAAUUUAGAAAAGUGACUGUCUUCCAUGCAUGUAGGACUUCUAGGCGUGAAAUUGUUUUCAUUAAACCUUCCGAGUUUUUAGCUUCGUUUUUAUUAACAAAAAAAAUAAAGGGUAUAAUUAUUACAGUCAGACCAAAAAGGAAAAAGUGCAUCAUGUAUUGCUAUGAUGUGUGUGUCUCCGUGUGGGCGUGUGUACAGUGUUCUUGGGAUGUCGAAGUCAAACUGGCUGGUGCCCUCUGACCUUUGCAAGCAUUAA